AUGACGACGGAGAUGCAAGAAAUCACCAUCACGGAGGACAAGCCGCUGCUCACCGCUCAGGCCGACGCCGGCAAGGAAGCCGAGUUGGCCGCCAGGAUACUUCUCGACCAAGGCCAGGAACACAAUGUGGAGACGCCCCACGGAGUCCUACGCGUGACGCUGCACGGCACGCGGAACAGCCGCCGGCCCGCCAUCCUCACCUUUCACGACGUCGGCCUGGACAGCAAGAGCUGCUUCCUGCCCCUGUUCAAAUUUGAAGAGAUGCAAGAGAUAGUCAAGAAUUUCACACUGAUCCACAUCGACGCUCCGGGACAAGAGGACGGGGCGGCCGUUUACCCGGCGGGGUACCAGUACCCAUCCAUGGAGACCAUCGCUGAGAUGAUUCCAGCUGUACUGCAGUUCUUCAACUUCCGUACCGUGAUCGGAGUGGGCGUUGGUGCCGGGGCGUACAUCUUGAGCAGGUUCACGCUGGCGAACCCGGAUUCCGUGGAGGGCCUGGUUCUGGUCAACAUCGACACCAACGCCAGAGGGUGGAUGGACUGGGCGGCCCAAAAGCUCAGCUCUGUGACGUCAUCCCUUACAGAACAGAUCAUGUCCCAUCUCUUCAGCCAGGAGGAGCUGUCCUCCAACACAGAUGUGGUGCAAUCUCACAGAGACCGCAUCAAUAAAGCGCCUCACCUGCCAAACAUCGAGCUCUUCUGGAAGAACUACAACAGCCGCAAAGACUUGAACCUGGACCGCAGCUGCACUUUCAAGUGUCCGGUCAUGUUGGUUGUCGGUGAUCAAGCGCCGUACGAGGACGCCGCCGUUGAAUGCAACAGCAAACUGGACCCCACGACCACAUCCUUCCUCAAGAUGGCGGAUGCAGGCGGUCUCCCUCAGCUCACACAGCCCGCCAAACUGACCGAGGCGUUCAAGUACUUCAUCCAGGGAAUGGGCUACAUGGCGUCUUCUUGCAUGACCCGCCUGUCGCGCUCGCGGACCACCUCCCUCUCCUCCUCGUAUUCCAUGGAAGGCUCGCGUUCGCGCACGUUGUCCCAGGGCUCGCAGGGGGGACAGAUGCCGCCCAGCCCCUCGCAGACCAUGGAAGUGUCCUGCUGA